UCGGGCCUUACUUUUUGUGUCAAAACCUACUGAAAAAGAAUUAAAAGCUUUCCUUUUUAACUUUGGCUCUUCUUUUUGUCAUUGCUUUUGUUUAACUUCCAAUGGAGCAGCACGUAAUGUGGGUGGUUUUGUUGCUCUUUUGUUGGUUUUGUUGGGUCCAUUCUGUUUCAGAUGGUGAUAAUCUCCUCUCUCCAAAAGGAGUUAACUAUGAAGUGGCUGCUUUGAUGUCGGUGAAGAGAGAGAUGAGAGAUGAUAGGGACGUAAUGGACGGCUGGGAUAUUAACUCGGUUGAUCCUUGUACUUGGAACAUGGUCGCUUGUUCUGCUGAAGGUUUCGUUAUCUCACUGGAAAUGGCCAGCACUGGGUUAUCAGGAGUGCUUUCACCGAGCAUUGGGAAUUUGAGUCACCUAAGGACAAUGUUGUUGCAAAACAAUCAGUUGUCAGGUCCCAUCCCAGAUGAGAUAGGGAAGCUUUCAGAGCUUCAAACUCUGGAUCUUUCUGGUAACCAAUUUGUUGGAGUAAUUCCAAGUUCUUUGGGUGCUCUAACUCAUCUAAGUUACCUGCGGCUUAGCAAGAACAAUUUAUCUGGUCCUAUUCCUAGACUCGUUGCAAAUCUCACUGGUCUUUCAUUCUUGGACUUAUCGUUUAAUAAUCUUAGUGGUCCUACUCCAAAAAUACUAGCAAAAGGUUAUAGCAUUAUAGGGAAUAACUUUCUUUGCACUUCUUCACCUGAACAAAUUUGCACAGAUGUUGCAAAACCAUUAAAUGUUGCAGGCUCAGUUUCAUCGUAUAGAGUCAAUGGAUACCAUCGUUGGGUGUUGUCUGUUGCCAUAGGAAUCAUUUCCACAUUUGUGGUUUCCGUAAUGUUGCUUGUUUGUUGGGUGCAUUGGUACAGAUCUCGAAUUUUGCUAACAUCAUAUGUGCAGCAAGAUUAUGAUUUUGAAAUUGGUCAUUUAAAGAGGUUCUCAUUUCGUGAACUGCAAAUUGCGACAGGCAAUUUUAAUCCCAAAAACAUUCUAGGGCAAGGAGGAUAUGGAGUUGUUUAUAAAGGAUGUCUUCCAAAUAGGUCGGUGGUGGCUGUUAAAAGGCUAAAAGAUCCAAAUUUCACAGGAGAAGUGCAAUUUCAAACUGAAGUAGAGAUGAUUGGUUUAGCUCUUCACCGUAACCUCUUACGUUUAUAUGGCUUUUGCAUGACACCUGAUGAGAGGUUGCUUGUUUAUCCUUAUAUGCCAAAUGGGAGUGUUGCUGAUCGCUUAAGAGAUGCUUUUCAUGAAAAGCCUUCUCUGGAUUGGAAUAGACGAAUGCAUAUUGCCCUUGGAGCUGCCCGUGGACUUCUAUAUUUACAUGAGCAGUGUAAUCCAAAAAUAAUUCACAGGGAUGUGAAAGCUGCAAAUAUUUUGCUUGACGAAAGUUUUGAAGCUGUUGUAGGUGAUUUUGGUCUUGCUAAGCUCUUGGAUAAAAGGGAUUCACAUGUUACUACUGCUGUGCGGGGUACUGUAGGACACAUUGCCCCGGAGUAUCUUUCAACCGGACAGUCUUCCGAAAAAACUGAUGUCUUUGGAUUUGGGAUACUACUCUUGGAACUCAUCACAGGACAAAAGACAUUAGAUGCUGUUAAUGGACAGAUUCAAAAGGGAAUGAUUCUUGACUGGGUUAGAACAUUGCAUGAGGAGAAGAGGCUUGAAGUGCUAGUGGAUAAGGAUUUGAAGGGAUGUUUUGAUGCAACAGAGUUGGAAAAAACAGCAGAACUGGCUCUGCAGUGUACUCAGUCACAACCGCAGCUUCGCCCAAAGAUGUCAGAAGUUUUGAAGGUCCUGGAAGGUCUUGUGCAGUCAGGAAUGGAAGAAUCACAAGGUGGAACAAACCUUAGUGACACUAGGGCAUACAGCUUCUCUAGGAAUUACAGUGAUGUUCGUGAAGAGUCAUCCUUCAUCGUUGAAGCAAUGGAGCUUUCUGGACCCCGGUAAUAGAAAGUAUAAUUUGCCCUUCGCCGUCCAUUUGUACAAGAUUUUGGCACUUAAGAUCUCAGAUUAUAGGUAAUUCAUUUUUCCCCUUUUCCCUGUGGGGGAUUGCAUUAACUACAUCUAGACUAUAGUUAGGAGUGUAAUGUAGUACUAACUACAUGUAGACUAUAGUUAGGCGUGUAACGUUGGUUUAAACAAAAGCAUUAAGAUUUGUUGCGAGCUCAAGAUUCAAACUUGCCAGAUAUUCAUCUGCGAAAUAGAUGAUCCUAUCACGAUUUGGUAAUAUGUACUGAUCGUACAUGAUCAACCAUGACCAGUUUGAUUUGACUCUGGCAAAAACAAUAUCAAAUGCCAUCUAAAACUAUCAAACAAGCAGCCAGCCAUCCACGACAGCUUGCUUCAUGAAUAAUUCAUCAAAAACAAAACAUUAAUUAAGAAUUAAGUAAAGCAAUAGGAAUGAUACCUAUUUGUAAAACAUGUUCUGGUCGAACUUAAAGUCCAACUUUAGAAGCAAAGAACAAGUUCAAUUAUACUAUAUAAAGAAGACUCCCCUGGAAUUUAUUAAUUGGAAUGAAUGACACUCCAAGAAAAAAUAGAAAAUUGUUGGACAUAGUCAACUGGUUACUUGCAUAGCAUUUGGCAAAGUGGAAUUGAGAAAAAAAAAUUAUUUUGAUAAAAAUAG